GCUUUCGCCAACCUGACCCAUGAACUCAUUACAGGGCAAUCUUGCACGCGAGCCAUCCCCUGUCAUUACUCGAAGCACGCGCAGCGAUGGUGUGAGGACCCCCCAGCCCAAGCCAGGUACACCCAGACCAGCCAGCACGUCUCCCGCUGAAAGCAACAAUCGCCCACUCAAUGUAACGGACGCCCUCGGAUACUUGGAUGCAGUCAAGAAACAGUUUGAGACGGAGCCGGAUGUGUAUAACAAAUUUUUGGAUAUCAUGAAGGAUUUCAAAGGUCAAGUCAUCGACACCCCAGGAGUCAUCGAACGCGUCUCCGCUCUUUUCCACGGAAAUGUGGUGCUUAUUGAGGGCUUCAACACUUUUCUGCCUGCCGGGUACCGUAUCAACGCCAAUGCAGACGACCAGACCAUUACGGUUACCACUCCCAUGGGCACGACCACACAAAGCACCAGCGGAGGCUACACGCAUCGGAUGCAAGCACGAGACACAAUUCCGGGACUCGGCCCUAAUAUUGCUAUGCCUUUUCCAGGAAUGGGUCCUUCGACGAAUGUCCUUCCUCCUUUAAGCAGUGGCCCUGCGUCGCGUUCCAUGACACCCGUGGCGUAUCACAUACCUGCUCAACCUCCGCCUUCACUGCCUCCAUCAUUCGAACCGCCGCCGUAUCAGAAUCCGCAAACUGCGGCAGCGGCCAAUCUUCUUGGGAAUCUGAACAACCGCAAUCAAGUGGAGAGGCCUCAACAACACGCCGGGGAGUUCAACCAUGCCAUUCAGUAUCUGAACAAAAUCAAAUCUCGUUUCGUUGAUGACUCAAAUACGUACAAGAACUUUUUGGACAUCCUACAGACGUACCAGAAGGAGCAGAAGCAAAACGUCCAGCAUCUCUUCAAGGAUGCACCGGAUCUUCUCACCGAGUUUCGCUUGUUUCUGCCUGAAUUCGCUGCGGUCGAAUCCCAGAGCACUCCGUCAUGGCCACUGCCCGAGCCCGCAGCGGAGAAGCCUACGAAGAAGGCCCCAGCCGCUCCAAAGCGGAAAAAAAGGGGAGCUGAGAAGGAUGUUACUCCAGUUCCAGUCCCUAAACCGGCAGCCCGACCCGCUAAGAAGGCCAAGCACAACCACAAACCUGAACCAGGUUCCCCAUCGUCGUUUUCUGGCUACGUUGGACAAACGCCCCCGCCAGUGUCAAUGCCUCCACCCACCAUUUCUACCUUCCAUCAAUCUGCAGCUGCUGCGAAUUUACCGGCAGUUAUCGGGGAGAAAGUGAUGUUCUUCGACCGUGCGAGGAAGGCUUUAGGAGCCCGAGACAUGUUUGAUGAUCUGUUGAAGCUGCUCAGUCUGUUUUCGUCUGAGAUCAUCGGAAUGUCCACAUUGAUCACCCUCGCUCGGGAUUCCUUCUUUGGCGAUAGUGAUUUGAUGCAGGAAUUCAAGGAUCUGGUCGGAUGGGAGGAUCCUGAAGACGCUGCUGAUAAAGGACCCCCGGGCAGUGUCCGGACCGGCCCCCCGGAUCUUGCAUCUGCUUAUGUACCGGAUGAUGGAGAUGGGCCCAGCUAUCGGAGACUUCCAGACAGUGAGAGUCGACUGGCCUGUUCGGGACGAGACGAACUUGGAAAGUCGGUGCUCAACGAUGAAUGGGUCUCGCAUCCAGCUUGGGCGUCGGAAGACGCCGGGUUCAUGUCACAUAGGAAGAACCUGUUUGAGGACACACUGCACAAGAGCGAGGAGGAACGUCACGAAUAUCACGUGCACAUCGCGGCUAUGUCGCGGACGAUUGCUCACUUUGAACCUUUGGCGAUGCGACUCGAGGAGAUGACAUCCGAGGAACGAGUCAAUUUUAAGCUUCAAGCAGAUUUUGGGGGAUCGGCCAAGGCACUGUACCAUCGGAUUAUCCGAAAGGUCUACGGUCGAGACAGUGGUCUGGAGAUCAUCCAAGCUCUUCAAGAUUCUCCCAGCAUCGCUGUCCCUGUUGUUCUGGCCCGAUUGAAGCAGAAGGAUGAUGAAUGGCGGCGGCUACAACGAGAAUGGGGUAAAACGUGGCGAGAAGUGGAUGCCAAAAACUUCUACAAGAGUCUUGACCACCAGGGCCUCACUUUCAAGGCCGACGACAAAAAGCGGAUCACGGCCAAGUACUUUGUGAACGAUAUCGAAGCCGCGAAGGGUGCCCAAAUGAGACACUGGGCUCGCACAACUCCGGCGCAGUUGGUCUUCAACUUUGCUGACACACCUGUGCUCCAUGACUCGCUCAAGAUGGUCUAUUCUUUCCUCGAUCACUCACAAGGCCAGUACAGUGCUGCUGAGCGCCGGAGCGUCGAGUCUUUCUUGCGCCGGUUUGUUCCGUUGCUGUGCAUGUACCCAACCGCCGAAUUCAACGCUGCUUGCGGGCCACUCGAUGGAAUCCAGGAAGAAGAUCUACUCCAACUUCCCGAUCCUCCCCGAAGCGGACGGCGCUCCACGGGCAGUGUUCAUUCCGCGUCGCAUUCACUAAACAACGGAGCGGGUGUCGCACCAGGUGACCUGCGAAGAAAACUUUUGCGCACAGUCCAGGAGAAUCAAUCCGCUACGGCAUCACGUGGAACAUCUCCGGUCCCGGAAGAGGUUGAAAUUUGGUUGAGAGAGUCAACGCAUACACACUGCGAGGGAAUCGCCCCAAGAAGACCUUUCUUCACCAACACGACAUUUUAUACUCUGUUGCGUCUGCUGCAGCUGCUCUAUUCGCGGUUAGCCAUGUGCAAAGCCAUCGGUGCUCGACUAGCCGAUGAAAAACAUGCAUCGUUGCGAGUCAAUCCUGUAGCAACAUCCCUUGGGUUGGAUGAUCCGGCGGGUCCGACAUUGAUUCUCGCCCAGACCGUUGCCACGAAGGAGGAGGGAGACGGAUCACCUCCCAACGUGGUUUACAUGUAUCUUUUGGAUGCUUGUGAAAAGGUGUUUGACAACGAGCUUGAUUCGGCGACGUUUGAAGAACAUAUGCGCUGGUUCUUCGGCGACAAGGCCUAUCAUCUCUUCACCAUUGACAAACUGGUCACAGCGCUUGUAAAACAAGUGCAGACCAUUGUAGGGGACAACAAAUGCCAAGAACUGUGGACGCUGCUGCAAAACGCACACGUGACCGCUUCUGACGGCAUCGGUCUCAACGAUCUAGACAUACUGCAAUAUCGCCGUGAGGCUGAGCGACAUGUCGGACAAGAUGAUCAUUUGUAUCGUCUGCAGUGGAAUCCAGAUGUCCGCUCCAUCAGCGUGCAUCUGAUGGGGGCCGAUGAUCCCAGUGUCAAUGCUGGGGAUCGGUGGAGAGAGUAUGUCAGCUCAUAUGUCACUCGUCUGCCAACAGAAUGGAUCCCGCCUAUCGAAGAGGAGCGACUCUUGCUCAAGAGAUCUUACAUCUCAUUUGCGUCUAUGGGUCGGCCGGUGUAUGGAAUGCCUGUUCAGAAGAUAAUGCCCCCGGGAGCUGCUGGUCGCCCGGCCCAGCAGGUCAUGACCCCAGAGUCAAGUCCUUUCGCGUCUCGUUAUGAUUCUCAUCUUUCCACUCCCCUCGCGAUACCUCAUUUCAACUCUUACGCUUUCCACAUUCCCCAACCAAGUUCAUCUUCAAUAAACUCGUUUCGUCCAACCACACCGCCCCCUUCUAAUCUCAAUCUCGCCUCGUUAUCUUCUCCAUUCGUCGCAAAGACACCUCAAGGCACCGGUUCAUCAUCGCGACCUAUGCAGUCUCUUCAAGAGGACGCGUUGUCCCAGUCGAUGCCAGUCCCCGUCCCAGGGCACCCUGAUGAAGCUUCCAUGUCUAUUCCCAUCUCUCCAGCCGUCUCUCCUCCCAAUGCACCUGUAUCUGAUCUUCCAGGGGGUGAAAUGGAGCGUCUUCGUCAGACGAUGGCUCAGAAUCAGAUGAAACGUUACCAAGAUACGGAAGCUCGUCGACCAGAGUAUCUCAAACGAGGCAAACGUCCUAUCUCAGAAACUGAUCUAGCGCAAGCUGAUGAAGACGGACAUCGACGCUCCAAUGUCGGUGUUGUUGACAGUCCGCACAAAGGACGGCGACUUGCGCUGUUCCAGGAAACAUCGGACGAGAGUUUUGAGGAGAGUUUAAUGGCAGGUGGAUACGGCCGUUAUCGCACGGCAGACUGGAUUCGCCAGCCUCAACCAGCGCAAACUCCUGCCCCUCCUCCGCCAGUGCCGGCGCCUGCGCGAUCUGAAGUCCCUCCUCCUCCACCAGAGCCGUUGUCAGACAAGGAGAUUCGAAAGCGUAAACGACUGGCAGCAUUUCGACCUAACCAGUUGACGAAUACGGCUAUCGAGCCUUCCCGCCUGUUUCCUGUGAUCAUUGAAGGGAUGGGCCGAGUGCUUUUGGACACAGCGACUGAAGAACAGCGAGCCCAGGGUGCUGAUGCUGCCAAGCGAGGAACGGUGCUUCCAGCAAAGAAAAUCAAGAAGCGGACUGAGCCCAGUGCCCGAGAACGGCGAGCCAUAAUGAAUGCCGCGCAACUGGAGGAGAUGUCGGACAAACCCAACUGGCUGGAUACCGAUUUUCCUUGGCGAUUGCGCAUUGAGGAGCGGAGGAGCAUCGACACGGAGGAAUCCGAGCAACGCUUGGACGCGAUCAAAAAGUUCUUGGAUCGCGAUACAGACGCUGAAGAUUCCAGCAGUGACGACGAGCCAAGCAACGAGGAACUAUUGCCACCCUCUGCCUGGACGCGCAUAUAUGAACCUGGCGCUGACAGGCCUACGCCGUCACGCGGGGGCCGGGGGAAGAUGGUGCCACUUGCAGCCGAUCCCUUGGUCAGUGAUCCCCGCACUGUCGGAAACCGCCGAGGUCUACUCAGCGCCAACGGGCGCCGAUUCUUCCCGACGGACCCGGGUGAUGCGGUUCAGGCGUUUCAUGCGAAGAAGACGAUUCGAGCAUUCACGCUCAAGUUGAGGCGAAGGAAGCAGCGCGAAGAGCAAGACGAAGAUGAUGACGACGUGGCGUGUAUCUGCCAUGGCAAGCGCAAGGACGACAAUGUGGUGCAGUGUGACCAAUGUGAGAUCUGGUAUCAUCUCUACUGCCUCAACAUCCCGAAUAUUGCCGCGCUGGGACCGGAAGAGGAUGCAUGGUACUGUCAGAAGUGUCAGAUUGUCGAGCAGUCCGACGACUCGGACGACGCACAGGCGGUCGAAGGCAUGGGCAUGGCCGAGGACCUGGUCGAAGAUGAACCGAGUCCAGAACCCAUCUUUGCUCCCACGGAUAGCGAACCGGUCCGGAACCAUUCCAAUGAUGCACCGCUGUUCCAGGUGCUCGACUCGCCGUCGCGCUGUGCUGAAACCAGCCGCCACGAACUCAAGACGCCUCCCCGUCCCAGCACUCGUCGCUGGAACAACGGAUUCACGACGCCGACCGCUCAUCCAGAACAUCCGCUUGACGAAGUACAGGAGUCGUUCUUCGACCCUCUCUCGACACCCUCCCGUGGCAUGCGACUGGCCGGUGGUUUCGUGACACCCAAGGCAGGCAGCAGCGGCUGGUCAAUCCGCGCGCACGAAACCCCGUCAAAACGACGUGACUCCUCGAGCUGGUUGUUUGGUGCGUCGGGAACGUUGGACGAGAGUGCAGGCCUUUUUGGUUCCAGUCCGUUGAUGCGGAUGUCUUUCGACGAUUCGCCCAUCAGAAGAAACACAGCUGCUGCUCACAGGAUAUUGGACGGUCUCGAAGACUCUUCGCCUAUCACGAAGCACGUCGGUAGGAAUCUUUUCGAAGAGCUAGCUGCUCAAAGUGAAUCGCCAAUUUACAACCACUGAAUCCCUGUGGCCGGGUCUUAUCAUUGAUCUAACCAUGCACUCGUUUUCUUGCUAUGCUACUCCAUCGCUGCUAGUCGUACCGCAGAUUGCCGAGCCAUUUGGUGCAGAGUCCGGAAUACUUGUCUAGAUAUAAUGCUGAAUGUUGAACGUAGAAUAUAUUGAAUGUAUGUACUUCGGAGACAAGAGUCACUCAACCCACGAAUGCAAUGUGUCAGAGCAUUUAUGUCAGCAGAUUUCUCUCUCUCUUUCAUCAUGCCUAAGCGAACGUUAUCCCCCACCCCUCUUCUACCACCCGCGAAACGACAGCAGAUCGAUGCCAAUACACUGCGUCCUAUUGCUCUAUCGUUCGACGACUUAUUCUAUGAGGAGCUCAUCUUGCUUGUGUUCUCACAGCUGUCAUGGUCCGAACUUUGCGCUGCUGAGGCAGUGAACAAGAACUGGCAACGCAUCUCACUCGAUAACGGCCUUUGGCGCGAGCAAUAUAUCCGCGUGUUCGGGCGCUCUCGACUGCGAGGCGGCAAGGGAUUCGCUGGGAGAAGUGAUGGCAGAGAAGUAAGGCCUCUUCCCGGGCGCGCCGUGAAGGCGCUGGACUUGAAAGAUUGGCGGUGGAUGUUUAGGAUCAGUUGGAACUGGAAGAAAGGCCGCUGCCGCACCGAACACAUCGAAGGUGUCUUCAAGCCCCCUGAGCCAGGAUCGACGCCUUCGCUUGCGCCACCGCAUGUUGUAUUGACAGGUUCUACGACUAUUAUUGCGUCCUCCGAGACGAGCAUGUGCCCAGAAGUUCAUUGCCUGCACACGGGGGGUGGUCCCACGUCUCAGCAGACUCUGUUGUGCGACUCUCGCGGACCACGAGGGCCUUGUUCUAUCGCGGCACUUGCGCUGGAUCAAUCUGCCCCACGGGCUCGGCUGCUGCAGCUCGCGGCGUUCCUGUCGACCGGAGAGUUUCUUGUCUUCGCCGUAGACGAGCAGAAUCCGCGGGCGACGGCCCGCAAACUCACCUACAUCCCUCAACGUCCCAGCUCAAGAACAACUGCAAUCAUUCAGGCCGUCUUCCAUUACCCCCUGCUCAUCAGCCUCUCAGAGGCUUUCACGCUGUCUAUCUACGACCUAUCGGCCGAUACCGUCAAGCAUACGCAAACACUGACCACUUACACCGCAUUUCCUCCCACAUCCCUGGUGCUAUCCGCGCAACCUGGAGAUCGAUACAAACUUGUGUUGACAUAUGCAAUGCCCGUGUUUCCGGUGCACUUUUCGAUCGGUGCCACCGAGUUGAUCAUUGCCUCUUCACACGACCCUAUGGCGAGCUUGACGGUGAUAUCGACGCGCACUGCCCGUGCCUUGGACGUUCCGCCUGGCUGGAUCGAUCAGGACAAGCUUCGGUGCCUGAGAGAGCAGUGGAGUCGAAAGUUGCUGCACAUCCAAGAUACGCAAUCGGAUGGGAAAUGGAUCGUCGUUGGCCCUGGCGAGUCGCCGCCGGGGAACACCGUCCCGGGGCCGGUAGAUUCGCUGACCAGCCUGCAGAUGUAUCGACUGUCACUGCCUGCAGCGUCGUCUGUGGCUUCGCCGCCACCAAAACUGACGUUCAUUCGAUAUCUCCAUCAUUCGGCCGGCGCGGUAUCUUCGAUGGCUCUCGCAGAUGGCCGAUGCGUGACAUUGGGCAAGAAUGGAUCUAUCUGGGUGUGGGAUCUUGAAUCUGGCGCUGGAGCGAUGGUUUCCUCCCCCUCCGCUUCCAUCGUGGAGAGGUCGACCGUCGUUUUCGACGACCGCAGGAUCAUCUCGGCCCGCGCAGGGAAGCUGGUCAUCCAUCGGUUUGAUAUAUAAUCUAUCGGUAUUUAUGCUUUAGACUCUAUACGAAUGGCAUGGACAUAGAUCCGUUCUAUUGGUGCAAUAGAUGCUUCCGACGCGUGUUCUCCUGGGCUCGGUCCGUUGGAAACGUAAUUGAUUAGCGGCGGCCGCCUUUUCCUCGGUGGUUCCCGACGUUUUGGUCUACAGUCUCUCUCCGUAUAUCACCAUUGACUGUUUUAGCCCAGGCAUGUCGCGCGGUCCCACAAGCUUUGUCCUCCCACAUGCAGAAGACGGCUUUGCCCGAGGACGCCCGCUAUAUAAUCCGUCCCCCCGGAACCAUCACAACCAGACAACCACCGAUGUACCCGUUUGAAGAAGCCCAAAGCCCAGUGGCCGCGAGAAAGAGUGGCUCUGAUCGACCCCGACCGCUCGACCCGGUUCCUAUGGCCAGACUGCGACAUGCUGGAGCACUGGACCCCCGUCAGUUCAGCUGCUCGGCAGAGCUGUUUCGAAUCCCGUCUCCGGCUGACGCUGCGGGCGGGGGCUACACUUACUACGAGGCACGGCGCGACACGUUGAACCAGGUCGUUCUCGAUUCAAAUGAUCGGCCGAUCUUCGAUCUACGGCGCACCAUCCAUCCUCCACUAAAUGCAGAUAUCGUGCACUGUGUCAACACACAUGCUGUGCUCGAGUCUGCCGCGGAAUCCCAUCUUUUGUACGGCUGCAACUUCGUCGACGCCACUCCUCACAACCCCGGCGAACUCUACUUCCUAUUCCCGACAUUGGGUGUCUCUCAAACGGGCCACUAUCUUCUGCGCUAUACCGCUUGCUACAAAGCUGCUGGCCAGAUCUUCGCCAGAUGCUACGGGAAACCCUUUGUGGUUCUCCCAGCCGACCAGUUCCCAGGCUUGUCCCGCUCGACUGCUCUAACCGAGGAGAUGGCUGUACACAAUGUCCCAGGCUUGCGCAUUCGCAAAUAGUCCGCGCUCGCAUGUAAAUCUCACAAGCCAUCCACUCAUCGUCGUAUGACGUACUCAGUGUGACUGAUGGUCGUUAUGUCACACACUAUUGCAAUCACAUCACAUGUACAAUUGAUUCACGCUGCACCAAAUGCGGCCUCGCAUUUGGCAUUUGUUCUGCGUCCCCUCUUUCCUACAAUCUACUCUCCCGCUACCGUGCUCAACGCGUACUGUCUGUAAUCUACCACAACUGCAAUAUUCGCGAAUAUUGCGGCCGAAGCAUUGUUAAAUUUACUCUUGUAUGCGACACCGCGCCACGUUAUGGACACUCCACAACCGUCGCGCGCUGCCCAGCGCAAACAACGACUUUUAGAGAUGGAGCACGAACAGCGUCUGGAGGAUAUAGAAGCACUCAAAAUGACUGAGGAACAACGGCUGCUCUUAUUCCACUCCUUCCGCUCAGUCAAGUUCGAAUGGUCUGAUCUUGACGGCAUGCGACCGAAAACCCAUGUCCUCCCUCAGCGCCGACGAGUCACGUCUCUCGUCCAGUCACCGGGGCAAUCGCGUGGCCGACCUGCCUCCCCGCGAACCCAAUCGCCAGCUCGCCCUCCUGCACUAGACGUCCAACUGCCGUAUGAUGCGUAUCCGGGUGCCCCGCACCCAGCGAAGGUUGUGGUACUGAGCCCAUCUCGGCUUGCCUCGUUUGGCAAGGACGAAACUAUCCGUGGCGGCGUGCCUUUCCCCCAAUCUACGGUGCCUUGUGCUAGUAUGGCGCAAGUCACACGUUCCGUGGAGUCGCCGUCGCCCUCGCAGCAUUAUGCUCCGUCCGAGCCAGUUGCGAAGCGGCAUCCACCGGCUUAUCCCGGUGUAAAAUCCGCGGG